UAAGAUUUUUCCUGCCAGCGGUCCUUUCCAUCUAUCGAACGCUCUCGCAAGUCUUCUCCAGUCUCCGUCUCUCUCUUCUCUCCGUUUUCCGGCAGUGCAAUCACCGGCCCAGAAAAUGAGGGAAAUUUUGCACAUCCAGGGGGGCCAAUGCGGGAACCAGAUCGGGGCCAAGUUCUGGGAGGUGAUCUGUGACGAGCACGGCAUUGACCAUAGCGGCCGGUACGCCGGCGACUCCGACCUCCAGCUCGAGCGCAUCAACGUCUACUACAACGAGGCCAGCGGCGGCCGCUAUGUACCUCGCGCCGUCCUCAUGGACCUCGAGCCCGGGACUAUGGACUCCGUCCGCUCCGGCCCCUUCGGCCAGAUCUUCCGCCCCGACAAUUUCGUCUUCGGCCAAUCCGGAGCCGGCAACAACUGGGCCAAAGGCCACUACACCGAGGGUGCCGAACUCAUCGAUUCCGUUCUCGAUGUCGUUCGCAAGGAGGCCGAGAACUGUGAUUGCCUGCAAGGAUUUCAAGUUUGUCAUUCUCUUGGGGGAGGCACCGGCUCUGGUAUGGGCACCCUUCUCAUUUCCAAGAUCAGGGAGGAGUACCCAGAUCGCAUGAUGUUGACAUUUUCGGUCUUUCCCUCUCCCAAAGUAUCUGACACUGUUGUUGAGCCUUAUAAUGCUACCCUCUCUGUCCAUCAGCUUGUCGAGAAUGCUGAUGAAUGUAUGGUUCUUGAUAAUGAAGCUCUCUACGACAUCUGCUUCCGAACUCUCAAGCUUUCAACUCCUACUUUUGGCGAUCUCAACCACUUGAUCUCUGCUACCAUGAGCGGUGUCACAUGCUGUCUCCGGUUCCCUGGACAGCUUAACUCGGACCUUAGGAAACUCGCAGUUAACCUUAUUCCGUUCCCUCGUCUCCACUUCUUCAUGGUUGGGUUUGCACCCUUGACCUCCAGAGGCUCCCAGCAGUAUCGGGCCCUCACUGUCCCUGAACUGACCCAGCAGAUGUGGGAUGCCAAGAACAUGAUGUGUGCCGCUGACCCACGACAUGGCCGCUACUUGACUGCCUCUGCCAUGUUCCGCGGAAAGAUGAGCACCAAGGAAGUUGAUGAACAGAUGAUCAAUGUCCAGAACAAGAACUCCUCUUACUUUGUGGAAUGGAUACCCCACAAUGUCAAGUCUAGCGUGUGUGACAUCCCCCCCAAGGGCUUGAAAAUGUCGUCCACUUUCGUUGGAAACUCAACCUCCAUUCAGGAGAUGUUCAGGCGCGUGAGCGAGCAAUUCACCGCCAUGUUCAGGCGGAAGGCUUUCUUGCACUGGUACACCGGCGAGGGAAUGGAUGAGAUGGAGUUUACCGAGGCCGAGAGUAACAUGAACGAUCUCGUGGCCGAGUAUCAGCAAUACCAGGAUGCAACUGCUGAGGACGAAGAAUACGAGGAGGAAGAAGAAGAGGAGGUUGGUGCUUGACAAUGCUUUUGAUGCAUGGAUUGCCGGUUUCUGGUAAUUUUUUGUUGGCUCUGUUUGGGUUGUUUAUUGUGUCUAUUAUGGUGGGUGGGGAUCAUUUAGAUUGGUGUAGCUGAUGUAUGUGAAUGUACAAGUUAUGGGUCUUCUUCCAAUGUGAGAUGGGUUUCGUUCAGUGCCUUUUGUUGUUCGAUGUAAACAGUUGAAUAUUUGCUGUACCAAGUGGUAGCUUGAUGUUCUGGCUU